AUGAAUCCCAAAACAAUGUUGAAAUUUUAUAGAACUUUCUUUCCAUUAAUUUACAUAGGUUUCUUAAUACCGUUUAUAGUAUUUUUGUUUACGCAACGUCAAAAUGAGCAACAAACGAUCAUUUACCCAAAUACUUGCAAUUUUUCAUCAAAUUUAUAUCGCGGAAGUACAAAACGAGAUGUUAUUUUAUUCUCAGCAGAUAAGUUUCAUCCAGGUCUCGAGCUUGCAGUUAGAUCACUUCGUUCAACUGGCUCACAAUGCAGAGUUAUAAUUCUUGCUGCAAAGAAAAUACAAAUUAACAGCAAAAUACAAGCACUUUUCAAUGAAUUAGAUGUUGAAAUAAAAGAUGAUUGCCUAAAUCUCCAUCCAGAAAGAAAUUAUGUGCCUCAUAUGCUUAGAUACGAAUUUGAACAACAAUGGCUUAGUGAAAAUUUAGAUAGGGUUGACAGAGUAUUUCAUGCAGAUGCUUUUGAUGUUUACUUCCAAAAAGAUCCUUUUGGACCAGAAAUUUCUACUGACAGACUGCUUUUUGUUGUUGAACCACAUGCUUUCCGCUCUUGUGGAUGGAAUUUAAAUUGGAUGAAAACAUGCUAUGGCGAAACAAUGAUGAAUAAAAUGCGAAAUAGAUAUAUUAUAUGCUCAGGAUCAAUUAUUGGCGGUGUCAAGCCAUAUUUGCAGCUCCUUGACUUGAUGAUAUCUCAAGAUGAAUGGACUUCCUGCUGGAAACCGAGUUAUGACCAACCAAUUCUUAAUUAUCUUGUUUGGGAGAAUAUUUUGGAUGAGCAAAAUAUCAAAUAUGAUUUAACUGGCUGUAAUGGUAACUAUUUAACAAUGCAAUGGUGCUUACCUACAGAUUCGAUUCGUUUAAACAAACAAGUUCAAAUAAUGUCAGAAAUAGGAACAGUUCCUGCAUUUUUCCAUCAGUACAAUAGAAAUAAGCCGUUAGAAUCCUUUUUAAGAGAAAAAUGCAAAGUUUUCAAAUAA